AUGGAGUCGGUUGAUGAUGCGGCAUCCGAUGGUAUACCUUGGAUUAGGUUGCAACCCGCCAGGAUAACAUAUGUCAAGUUCGGGACAUUGGCCGAGAAACGGCUCGACGCCUGGCAGCAUUGGGCUGCUCUCACUCUAUCCUCUCUGGCGAUUAUGGUUGUGGCUGCCCACUUUGUGGUUUGCUUCCGUGGCAUAUACUCCAAAGGGGCUGCUGCAGGCAGUGGUGAUCUCAUUGCUCUGCAGCAACAGCUGAAUAGCGUCCAUCACACGGCAAGGACGUACGGGCUGCCCAUCGACGAAGGCCAUCCUUUGCACUCUUUGAUAGCUUCAGACAAGGGGCCAUCGUCACCUACCAAAGGGUCUCCAUUGAGGGGCUUCGGCAAUAAGCGUGGGCUCAACGGUGGUCGCGAUAGUGGCCCUAGACAGCAGCUCCAGUUUGAUAGGUUUGUCGUGAGGGGAGCCAAUCCGAGUUCAUUCAGCGCAGAUGGGGGUCAUCAUCCUGGUCUGCACUCGGGCUUUGCAUCGAAGCCCUUGUCUGCGGGGGCCAGCAGCAGGGUUGGCCCUCCUCGUGGGUAUCAUAUCGUCAAUAAAUGGGGACGUGGCGGUAGGCAUAACCCAGGAUGGAUAGGAGGGUAUUAUAGGCCUAGUUAUGCAAUGAAGGAUAUGUUUGACCUAGCCUCUGGCGAUGAUGAUGAUGAUAAUGGAGAGGAGCGUGGUACUGCAGCAGGGGAGGUAUAUUACGGCUUAGAUGGUCGAGCACGUGUGGUUCAAUAUCCACAGACGUUAAUGGUGCCAGAGGAUGACGAAACCCCUGAGGAGUUCGCUGCUAGACAGAAGAGUCGAAGGGCGUACGAGCAUUCAAGUGGUGCAGGGGGUUCGGCUCUGUCGCGACGGUGAUGAUCGCUAUCUUUCUGUUGGUCGUCAUUUACUGAGCCGUCGUGGCUUUCUGCGUUGUAAAACCCGUCAUUCGGUUUCUAAUAUUCUUUUACUACAGUGCUCGAUUGCAGACCGUGUGCUACAGUCCAAGUAGCUCCACAUGGCUUGGUUAGGCUCACAACGCCCUGUAGGGACCCAGCUAGGGACCCAGCUAGCUUUCACCUCAGCUAGCCCUCUUUUAUUUGCAUCUUAACUAUUCUCACGCCGCAUCGCGAUUACCUAACAUAAUAUUUGCCACCAUUUUUACUUCUUCUUAUCCUCCUCCGA